AUGAUCUACACUGCAAUUGAUACAUUUUACCUCACGGAUGAGCAGUUAACAAAUUCUCCUUCGAGAAAAGAUGGCAUAGAUGAAGCUACUGAAAUCGCCCUUAGAAUCUAUGGCUGUGAUCUCAUCCAAGAAAGCGGCAUUUUGCUGAGAUUACCACAAGCAGUUAUGGCCACUGGGCAGGUUCUGUUUCAUCGUUUCUAUUGCAAGAAGUCGUUUGCACGGUUUAAUGUCAAGAAAGUUGCUGCAAGCUCGGUGUGGCUGGCUUCAAAACUGGAGGAAAACCCGAGAAAAGCCAGACAAGUACUUAUUGUUUUUCAUAGGAUGGAAUGCAGGAGGGAGAACUUGCCCAUCGAUCAUUUAGACUUGUAUUCCAAGAAAUAUGUUGAUUUAAAAAUGGAGCUGAGUAGAACGGAGAGACAUAUUUUGAAAGAAAUGGGAUUCAUUUGUCAUGUUGAACAUCCUCACAAGUUUAUUUCAAACUACCUUGCUACCCUUGAAACACCUCCAGAAUUGAGGCAAGAAGCUUGGAAUCUGGCUAAUGAUAGUUUGCGCACUACACUGUGUGUUAGAUUUAAGAGCGAGGUUGUGGCUUGUGGCGUUGUAUAUGCUGCAGCUCGUAGGUUUCAGGUACCUCUUCCUGAGAAUCCACCAUGGUGGAAGGCAUUUGAUGCAGAAAAGUCUGGGAUUGAUGAAGUCUGCAGGGUUUUGGCUCACCUUUAUAGUCUUCCGAAGGCACAAUAUUUACCAAUUUGCAAGGACUGGGACUCAUUUACAUUCUCCAAUAAAUCAUUGGAAUCAAAGUCUCAUUCAGCUACAAAGGACGCUCCACGAAGUAGCUCACCAAUUAAUCCUGAGACGUCAGCGUUGAAGGGAGCUCCCGGAGAAGCUAAUAUUGACGUGAGUGGUAGCAAGGGUGCUUUGGUAAAGCAAGCCAGUGAUAAGUUGAACGAUGCUAAGAAGUCUGAUGAUGAAUCCAAAAGCAUUGCUGCUGAGAGAGACGUAAAAGAUGAACCCACACUAAGGUCCAGACCAGACCGUAAAAUGGAGGCCAGCGGGGAGUUACACAGGGACAGAGAGAGGGAACGAAUAAAAUCCAGGGAUCGUGAGCGGGGAAGGGAUUCCGAUAGAGAACGUGAACGAGAAGAAUCUGAGAGGGUCAAACUCAAGGAUCAUGGUCAUCGUUCUAGGGAGAGAGCAAAGGAUUCAGGACAUUCAGAGAAGUCAAAGCGCUAUUCGUCACAUGACCGUGACCGUGACUACUACAGCUCGUCAUACUCAUCAAGAGAGAACCGGCAUAGACAUCAUUGA